GCUCGGCCAGUCGUACUCGGUGCGUCGUUACGUGUGGACGUACGCCGCGAAUGUAUUUAUCAAGUACGCGAGCUUUCGAAUUUAAGUGAAUUCAUAGUGUCAUGUGCUUAAAACAAUAAGUUUUAAAACCAUCUGGAUUGUGUCCAUCGGCAUUUCAUUCAAGGAACACGCGACUUCACUGGUUUGAGUUCAACUUAGCGUCAUAAUUAAGUUACGGUGCGUCGGCGAUUCAAACAAAAAGAUUACAACAAGGUCCCAUAAACAAAGUAUUUGAUGAAAGCUAAAAUGGACUACGUUAGACGAAGGAAUGGCCAGAGAUGAAUUUGAGAACUAGGAAGAAACUUUUAUUAGCAAAAAUAUAGCCUUAGUUUAGUUUUAAAAGCCAAAGUCAUGUAAAGUAUAUUAAGCCCUGAACUCAUCAUAUCUUGUAUCAUAUCGGAGAAUCAUCAUUGGACAUAUCUCAUUAUGCUAGUCACCUAUAUGUGAUUAUAGAUAGUAAAAAAUAUUGCUCAAAAUCUACAAAAAGUAUUCCUAGAUAGAAAUUAAUAUAGAAAGUGGAAAUUCAUUGACGAUGAAGUACAGCACGUUUUUCUUACGGAGAAGGACGCUGAUCCUGAAGGCUGUGUUAAUACUGACAGCGCUGUGGUUCAUGGUAGCGCUGUUGACAACGAAUGGAGCCACGAGGAAUGCUAUUGGCGCUGCGCCCAUCGAGUACGAGGAUGCUGAGGCCAAGCCGUUAAAAAUGGCGAAGCCGACAGCCACUAAGAGAAAAAGUGAAUCAUAUGGAAAUAAUCUGUCUGAUGCACGAACUCGGGUUGAUUGGAUCGGUCGCAUCGCAGGCAUCGAAGGGUUAGGCGUGAUUGCCGCGCCAGGGUCGGAUAAUGCACCCGGCGAGCUCGGGAAACCAGUUGUAUUACCUAAGAAUAUGAGCGAAGAGGCGAAAACUGCGGUCUCCGAAGGGUGGAAAAAGAAUGCGUUCAAUCAGUACGUGAGUGACCUGAUAUCGAUUAGGCGGAAACUACCCGACCCGAGGGAUGAGUGGUGUAAGCAAUCGGGUCGUUAUCUAGAGGACCUGCCGCAGACGUCUGUAGUGAUAUGCUUCCACAACGAAGCCUGGUCCGUACUUCUAAGGACCGUGCAUUCAGUCAUCGAUCGCUCGCCUCCGCACUUAAUAAAGGAGAUAGUACUCGUAGACGAUUUCUCCGAUAUGCCACACCUAAUGCAACAACUGGAUGACUAUAUGUCAUCAUUACCCAAAGUGCGUAUAGUGCGAGCGACGAGACGGGAGGGUUUAAUUCGCGCGAGACUGCUCGGCGCUAGAUACGUUACUGCGCCAGUACUUACUUAUCUGGACAGUCAUUGUGAAUGUACAGAAGGUUGGUUGGAGCCUUUACUUGAUAGGAUUGCUCGGAACAAGACAACUGUGGUAUGUCCUGUAAUUGACGUUAUCGACGACAACACACUGGAGUAUCACUACAGGGACUCGUCGUCUGUCAAUGUCGGUGGUUUCGACUGGAAUCUCCAGUUCAAUUGGCACCCGGUGCCCGCUAAAGAGAGAUCGAGACACAAACACACAGCAGAACCUGUCUGGUCCCCGACCAUGGCAGGAGGCCUGUUCGCGAUUGACAAAGAGUUUUUCGAACGACUCGGUACCUACGACAGCGGUUUCGAUAUAUGGGGCGGAGAGAAUUUAGAAUUAUCUUUCAAAACUUGGAUGUGCGGCGGAACUUUAGAAAUCGUUCCGUGCUCGCACGUAGGUCAUAUAUUCAGAAAACGAUCGCCGUAUAAAUGGCGUACGGGCGUUAAUGUGCUCAAGAAGAAUUCUGUUAGGUUGGCGGAGGUAUGGCUAGACGACUACGCCAAGUAUUAUUAUCAACGAGUAGGUAACGACAAAGGUGAUUAUGGUGACAUUAGCAGCAGAUUGGCGCUACGAGAAAAUCUCGGAUGUAAAUCGUUUGAGUGGUAUUUGAAGAACAUUUACCCCGAGCUAUUUAUUCCCGGCGAGUCUGUAGCGCAUGGAGAGAUGUGGAUUCAAGCACUCGACCGCCGUUACUGCCUUGACGGCGCGGUUCUUGACGAUACUGAAGAGGAACCAGGCGUGUUAAUGUUGCAUACAUGCCAUCGAGGUGGUGGCAACCAGUACUGGAUGUAUUCGAAGAACGGUGAAAUACGUCGUGAUGAAACCUGCCUUGACUAUUCGGGACAUGAUGUUGUCCUCUAUCCGUGUCAUGGUGCCAAGGGCAACCAAUUAUGGCUGUACGACCCCAACACUAAGUUACUAAAACACGGCUCGAGUGAGAAAUGCAUGGCGAUUAACAGGAAUAAAGACAAAAUUGUGAUGGAGUCAUGUAAAGAGGGUGAGUCGCGACAAAUGUGGAACAUGGAGAACUUCAACCCGGACAGACUCAGUCCAGAACUCCUGGGCGAGUAGCCGGAGGCCUAUGACGAGUUGCUAUUCAUAUAAAGACAUUAAAACUUUGUUCUGUGCUUUGUGCUUGACCCCGUUAGGCCUAUUAAGCUAAAUAUAUUUUUUCUUACGACUGCAUAUCGUAUUCUUAGUUGUAACGUGUACAUAUCUACUACAUAUUAGAUUUUAUCUGUCUAGAUAAAUGUCCAGAAUACAGAAAUUUUAUAUUUAUAAAGAAUUUAUUUUGUUUUGUCGUUUCGAAGAUUUAUUAUAGAAAUUAGUUGAACUGAAAUUUGUAUGUGAUUUGGAACGAAGUGAACACAUUUCGUUAUUACAGCGUAUUAAGGAUUUUUAUUAAAACUAUAUCGUAAAUAAUAAAGUCGCAAUUUAUAGUAUUACAUUUUAUUUCUUCAUACACUUAUUAACUGAAUACAAAUUUGAUUAUUUUCAAAUUGUUGAAUUACAUUCCAGUCAGCUAAGCUGGUCUGUAUCUGUCAAAUGGUGUUAACGUUGUGAAAGAAAGCGACGGCUACAUAUCAGUGUUUUAAGAAUUUGUUUGAGUAAUUGGCUAUUUAUACCUAUUAAAUUCAUAAAAAAAACAACAUUCUUUAUUCAUAAAAAUAUAUUUUGCUUGUGCUCAUCUGUCACUCGUCAUCAUAGCAUAAAAUCAAUUUGAGUGAUAUAGACGAGAGCGUGCUGAUUUGCUUUUAUGAACUAGGUGGUUUAUCUUAAACAUUCCUCUUUGUGAUAUCUUAUUUAUAUACUUAAUACUGCCAGUAAUGUAUGAAUUCAGUUAUAUUUAAAUAAGUAUUUUAUAUAUAUUAUAAUGUGCCGUGUUUAUUUCUUUUCGCACCUGAUUGACACAAUAUUCAUCUACGUACUAUAACAUAGUCGUCCUAUUAAAUCUCUAUUGAAAUAUCUAAAAAAAUUGCUAUAAAAUUUACAGCCCAAUUUCUUAACGAAGCCGUAAGCAAUGUUAUGUCAGUGAUAUAUACAAAAUGGCCUAACUUAUAUUACUUAACGAGUCUAGGUAUCGGUCCUGUUUAGAAUUUAUUUGUUAGUGUGAAAUAUUAGCCUAGUGUUUGACAUAUCAUUUUACAAACGCUAAAACAAAUCUGUAAGUUUAGGUCUAUAGUACGUUGUUGAAAACGACUAUCAUAUACAAAAUAUCUUGGUUUUCACGUCUAUGUAUUUGUUUAGAAAUUUUUUUAUUACACAAUUGUAGUUCAUAGAAAAAUUGUUGUAGUAAAUUCAAAAUUGUUGACGUUGUAUAGUUUGUUAGCCAUAACUACUAAUUAAAAGUACUGUUUUAAGUAGCUUUACUCUGUACAUAAUAUGAUAUACGGCAUAAAUGUAUAAAAAUUAAGUUAGGAUGUUAUAAAUGUGCCUUAUAUUUACGUAACGUAUUUCAUGUUAAAUUUCUGUAUAUAAUGACUCUAAAUGUAUCUUGUCGAUAGAUGGCGGUAGUAGUAUUUGUAAAAUAAAGCAUUAUGUUGGAUUUUUA